AUGCAUGAUUGCUGUAAAAAUGGAAUUACAGUUUCUUUUCCAGGAAUCCAAGUCACAGAUACAUCUCAUCCCAGGAGUUCCGCUCUACAUCAUCUCACCAAGAAGCUAUUACAGAAGUACCACAAGGAAGUGAGACCAGUUCACAACAAGAGUGAGGCCACUACUGUAUACCUUGAUCUAUUUGUCCAUGCAGUAUUGGAUGUGGAUGUACAGAAUCAAAAAUUAAAGACAAGCGUAUGGUACCGAGAGGUUUGGGAUGACGAGUUUUUAUCCUGGAACACCAGCAUGUUUGAUGAUAUUAGAGAGCUCUCCCUACCUCUAAGUGCCAUCUGGGCCCCUGAUAUCAUCAUUAAUGAGUUUGUGGACAUUGAAAGAUCACCUGACCUUCCCUAUGUUUACGUGAACUCAUCCGGGACCAUUAAGAACACUAAGCCCAUCCAGGUGGUGUCUGCAUGCAGUUUAGAGACAUACGCUUUCCCAUUUGAUAUCCAGAAUUGCAGCCUAACCUUCAAUAGCAUUCUGCACACAGUGGAAGAUAUAGACCUGGCCUUCCUGAGGAGCCAAGAAGACAUUAAGCAUGACAAAAAGGCAUUUUUGAAUGACAGUGAAUGGGAACUUCUUUCUGUGCCCUCAACAUAUCACAUCCUGCAGAACAGCGCUGGAGAUUUUGCCCAGAUUCAGUUUAAUGUGGUGAUUCGCAGGCGCCCAUUGGUCUAUGUAGUAAGCCUGCUGAUUCCCAGCAUCUUCCUAAUGCUUGUGGACCUCGGGAGCUUCUACCUACCACCCAACUGCCGUGCCAGGAUUGUGUUCAAGACUGGUGUGCUGGUGGGCUAUACUGUCUUCAGGGUCAACAUGUCUGAUGAAAUACCAAGGAGUGCAGUGAGCACUCCUCUGAUCGGGAUCUUCUUCACGGUCUGCAUGGCCUUCUUGGUCCUCAGCUUAUCUAAGUCCAUUCUGCUGAUCAAAUUCCUCAAUGAUGAGCGGUGCAGUGGGCAGGCGCGGCCCCUCUUGUGCCUUCAAGGGGACACCGAUGCUGAUGGGACUAGAAUGGAUCCCAAGGUUCAGCCUGCUGAGAUAACAGAGUCCCCCAUCCGUCAAAAGCACCAGGUCCAGUCAGGGACCCUGAAAGAAGUCUGGUCCCAGUUGCAAACCAUAAGUGACUAUGUCCGGGCUCAGGAGCAGGCUGACCAACAGGAAAUUGAGCGGCUGGCCCGCCUGUACCGCUUCGACCGACUGCUCUUUCGAAGCUACAUCAUCGUGCUGGGGCUCUAUAUCAUCACGCUGUGCUCCCUCUGGGCACUGUGGAGCAGCUUGUGA